UGUUCAGUCGAAUACCACUUUGUGAGUGUCACUGUCGUGUAAAUUAAAUGGUCACCGAUUCAGCCUUGACGUGAAACAAAUCUGUAAAAAACACCAUUUAAUUGAGCACAGAGAGUCGUAUGAAUCAAAUUUGUUAAAGGAGAAAUAUGCCUUGUUGGUACUAUGAAAAGAAGGAAAUAAAAAAUUCUCCUACAUAUCGUGAUGGUAUUGACUCACCCACAGAGGCUAGAUAUAGACGAGAAGGUGCAAGAUUCAUUGUUGAUGCUGGUACUAAGUUAGGACUGAGAUAUGACACAUGUGCCACUGGGGUUGUGUACUUCCACAGAUUCUACAUGUUUCAUUCCUUCAAAGACUUCCCAAGAUAUGUUUCUGCAGCAUGCUGCCUGUUUCUAGCUGGAAAGGUUGAAGAAACGCCAAAGAAAUGUAAAGAUAUAAUCAAAAUCUCCCAACAGAUACUCAACUCCAAACAGUUUGCACAAUUCGGCACUGAUCCAAAGGAAGAAGUUAUGAUUCUAGAGAGGAUAUUAUUACAGACAAUCAAGUUUGAUCUACAGGCAGAACAUCCGUAUGCUUACCUUAUUAAGUUUGCCAAACUUGUAAAAGGUAACUGCCCCAAAGCUGAUAAAGAGAAGGUACAGAAACUGGUACAAAUGGCAUGGACAUUUAUAAAUGACAGCUUGUGUACAACAUUAUGUCUACAAUGGGAGCCAGAAAUUAUUGCAAUAUCACUGAUGUAUCUAGGUACCCGGCUGAACAAAUUUGAAAUUACUGAGUGGCAAGGUAAAGUGGCGGGAACCAAACAGAAAUGGUGGGAAUCCAUUGUACCUGAUUUAACUGUAGAACUUAUGGAAGAUGUGUGUCAUCAAGUAUUAGAUUUAUAUUCACCUUCAAAUCAGGCUUCUGCUAACCCAGGGGAAUCCCCUCCCCCACCCCCGCCUUCACAGAAUCCAACGAGGACACCAAAUUCACAGGGUAGCGAUAAAAAGAGAUCAUUACAGUCAACACCAUCUGAUCCAGUUACACCAGGGGCACAGUCUGCCAAAUCUAUGAAACUAGAACAUGGGAGCCAGUCCAGAAAAUCUACUCCACAGAAAAACAUUGAUAAAGGGAGAGAAUCAGCACAGUUGAGUAGACAACCAAGUCAAGCACAGAUUGUGGACCAGUCUCAACCUCAUCAAAAAUCCUCGGGCCCUGUUGCACCUUCAGCAAGUAACAGUUCAGGUGGGGCGGGACAGGAAGCAUACGGCACCAAUCCCAACAAUCCUCAAGCUCCGCCCACUUCUUACCCGUCAUCACAAUAUCAGACUGGUACAACAACUGACUUCUCACAGUACAAUCCGUACGUAUCAUCAAAUCAGUACCAGGCCUCGUUUUUGUCUGGCGAAGGUGUGCAGAGUCUUCAGACUUUGAUGGGUACACAGCCGUCAACAUUCACACAGUCUGGUUCUCAGCCUCAGUAUGCUGGAUACCCUCCACCACAAACUGCGGGGGCGCCGUCAACAAGUUCUCAGUAUAGCAUGCCAGGUGCGCCUCAGCAGUACCCGCCAGGCUACAAUCCGUCACAGUAUCCCGCCAGUGCCGCAGUGCCGGGACCGCCUGUAGCCGCAUCUCAGCCUCCAUUCCAGCAACAAAAUGUUCAGCAGCAGACGCAACAGUUUCAAGGAACUUCCUACUCCCAGUACCCUCAGUACUCUAACUUUCAACAGCAGAAUCAGCCCUCAAGUCAGCAACAGGCAGGUUACGAUCAGUACCGAGGGGGCGGGGCUAAUUUUAGUGGCGGUUCACGCGGUACGCAGAGACAUAGGACACCACAGUCCUCGCACCGGGCUCAACCGCCCAGAGGCAAUCCAAAUAUAACAACUGUAAGGAUAACAGGCAGAUGAAAUUAAUGACAAUUAUAAAUUUUUGUGACAGUUUGUUAAACAUGUGGUUCUGUACCGACUUCAGAAUAAUGCUUGCUCUUUCAUGGAGUUACAGUAACAUCUGUGCUGAAGAACACUGUUUUAAAGUAAUUGAAAUUACUUUAUCUUUAAAAAAAAUCUUUUGGAGCGUCUCAAUUGAAUUAAUUACUUUUAUCAAUAAGGAUCAUGCAAUGAAUUGUGCUUUUUAAAAAAGGAAUUUAUAGUGGUCAUCAGGUUGUGUUAUUUUAAGAAGUGUGAAGUCAGAAUGGUGGGCACACCGGGGAAAUUUUAUCAUACUAAAGUAAUUUGAAGAAUAUAUUAAUAAGGUAAAUUAAAUAUUUAGUUGAGAUGUCCUCAAUUGAAUUAUUGACUCUGAUUAAAUAAGAUGUAAUUAACAAUAACAUAGUUGAAAUAUGAUUCGAACUAUCAAUUUAGUGUGUUUUCAUAACUUGGUAUACUGAUAAACAAUAUGUGAAACCACAUAAGUUAAUUGUAUAUAAUUUUUCCAGGAAAAAAAAUUGCCUUAUGACAAAUGAUGAUAUUUCUGUUGGUAAUUGUUAUUGAUGUACAUGUCUGAAUUUGUAUAGUGGACUCACCCUUCUUUGAAUUUGGAACAGUCCAUUUGUAGUGUAAGGGGUUUCUUUAUUUCAAAAUACUAAAACUCAGCGCUCAGCAGAAUUUAGCCAGAUUUCAAAGAAAUACAGGCUGACCUGUUAGAAAGUAACAGAAGACGGGCAACAAACUUUUUGUUAUUAUCAAAGCAGUCUGAGGGUCAUGAAAAAGAUCAUGAAAAUAAUGUUAGGUAUUUUUGAUAAGUACAUGAUCAGGUAAUUUUGAUGAAUUUUAUAUGAACAGGGAUAAAACCUACACAGUAUGUGUUGAAUAAGAUUAAAUUGAUUUGUCAGUAGUUGGAGUAAUUUUUUUACAGCCUACUGUAAGCUUAUUGCAAAAUAUCUGAAUUCUCAACAAAACAUUUACAAUAAUGAAAAAAUGUGGCAUUUUAUGUUGAAUUUUGAGAGGAGAAAAUAAUUUGGGGGAAAAGUACAGUUUUCCCCAUUAUUUUAAAGGUGCUCUUAAUACAGGUAUUGACUGUUUACCUUUAAAACAUACAGCAAAUGUUGUUAUACAUCAGAAAUAAAAUUUUUGAAAUA